AGAAAAAUUAAAUGGAAACAUUGAAGGAUAACGUGAUGACUAUUAGCUCUGAUGAGUUUGAGAAUAAUAUCAUGGCUGAUGCUGAGGAAUUUUCUCCAGCUAUUCAACAACAGGACAGUGGGACUCAUAAGGAAUGGAAUGAAGUAUCAAAAUUACCUGCAGACUAUAUCAGGAGAGAAGAUAUGGAAAUGAAAGACGUGGCGAUGAAAAAUGUGUUGCCUUUCCUUCCUGGCAAGUCCUUGAUGAAGUUUCGGACAGUGUCCAAUGAAUGGAAUCAUUGGAUAGCUUGUCCGUUAUUGGCAUACCAGCAAAGCACUUCAUUCCAGAAACUUUCAGGCUACUUUCAUCAGAUUGUGGAUGUGGAUCUCCAAUAUGAUCCUAACUUUUUGUCUCUGGAUCAUUCUGCGAAUGGAGUCCCCAAUCCUUCCCUGGGUUUCUUGCCUGAGGGGAUUAAAAUUAUCAGUUCUAGCAGCGGGUUGCUCCUUUGCCAGGGGUUGGAGAGUUAUUACGUUUGCAAUCCUUUGACCGAAGACUGGAAACGUAUCCCUCCUCAUCAAUAUUAUCACGGAUCUGAUCCAGCUGUCAUUCUUGCAUUUGAUCCGGAGGGUAAUAUUGAAUCGUAUUUUCACCUUGUCGCUGCUGUCCCUCUUCUUGAUCAACCAGUUGUGCUAUUUGAGAUUUACUCGUCUGAAUCAAACUCCUGGAGGCGCUCUUCUUCAGAGUGUCUUGAGUUCGAAGAUGCAACUCUUGUUGGUGGAGGAUUAUAUUUGAAGGGGAUGGCGUACUGGAGUACAAAAUCAAAUGGCGUGCUAGCAUUUGAUAUAAAAAAUGAGGUUGCAGCAGUUUUACGUGUGCCCAUUCCACCUGGUAGAUAUGGUGCGUUAACUCAGGUAAAGGAUGAGUUAUCCUAUGUUACUGUUUACAAUGAUUGCAGGGAUGUUUUUAUGUUAGAUUUCUACGGAGGAAUGGACAUGAGUCUGAACCGUAGUAUCUGCGUCAAUCUUGGACAUAAGAAGCUUCGGCAAACAUUGGAUAAAGAUUCCUUUAUUGACAAUGGUAGCGUGUUGUGCAGUGUAUUACCAUGUAUAAACAAUGGUGAUGACAUUGUGGUGAUAUGCACAACUGAAAGGAUAUACCUUUAUUACCUGAGUGAGCAGAAGGUGGAGACUAUUAUGACUCCAGGGCAAUUCAAUCCAAAGAGAAGAUUUAUACCAUACACAAACAGCCUCGCUGCCAUACAUGAGCUGAAGAACUAGCUGUUUAUGAUCAUUUUUGUUUCCGUCAAGUAGAAUUUCGAUGUCCUUCCAUUAGAACUCGAUGAACAUGUUUCAUCUUCACUUAUUUUUUAAUUAUUUAUUGCUUGAUUGUGUGAGUUCCUUUUUA